UGUAGUGGUUAGCACUGUCGCCUCACAGCAAGAGGGGCCCGGGUUCAAUUCCCGGGCUGGACAACCUUCUGUGUGGAGUUUGCAUGUUCUCCCUGUGUCAGCGUGGGUUCUCUCCGGGUUCUCCGGCUUCCUCCCACAGUCCAAAGACAUGCAGGUUAGGUUAAUUGAUGACUCUAAAUUGCCCGUAGGUGUGAAUGUGAGUGUGAGUGGUUGUCUGUCUAUAUAUGUCAGCCCUGUGAUAGGCUGGCGACCUGUCCAGGGUGUACCCUGCCUUCACCCAUUGACAGCUGGGAUCGGCUCCAGCACCCCCGCGACCCUUAACUGGAUAAGCGGUAACGGAAGAUGGAUGGAUGGAUGAUUUGAAUGUAUCCCUCCUACUUCCCCUCUCCAGGCCGGUCAGAGUGAAGCCAUGCUUCUACCUUCGUCACUACUCCUCCUUGGCCUCCUCAUUUGGAGUCCCAGUGCAUCAUGGGCCGCUAAAGUGAUUGUGGUCCCGCCCAUCAUGUUUGAAUCACACCUCUACAUCUUCAAGACGCUGGCCACCGCUCUGCAACAGGAGGGCCAUGAGACCCACUUUCUUAUUUCAGAGGGUCGCGGGGUGCCCCCCUCCCCUAACUACCAUCUGCAGCGCUACCCAGGGAUCUUUAACAGCACCACGGCUGACAAUUUCCUCCAGUCCAAAGUCAGCAACAUCUUCUCUGGCCGCCUGACGUUCCUGGAACUGUUUGACAUUCUUGACCACUACUCCCAGAACUGUGAUGCUGUUGUCGGCAGUGUUGAGGUGAUGACCCGCCUCAAGGAGGCCAAGUUUGACCUGCUGCUGGUGGACCCCAAUGAGAUGUGUGGUUUUGUCAUUGCUCACAUCCUGGGUGUGAAAUAUGCCGUGUUCAGCACAGGCCUGUGGUACCCUGCAGAGGCGGGCGCCCCAGCCCCGCUUUCAUAUGUACCUGAAUUCAACUCAUUGCUGACAGACCGCAUGUCUCUGGUCCAGAGGAUCACCAACACAGCUGUUUACCUGGUGCAGCGCUUUGGAGUCCGUUAUAUUGCAUUGCCCAAGUAUGACCGGAUUAUGAAGAAACAUGGAGUGAAGCCUCAAGUGGCCAUGGCAGACUUGGUGCAGGGCAGCCAGCUGUGGAUGCUUUGCACUGACAUGGCUCUGGAGUUCCCCAGGCCCACCCUGCCACAUGUGGUCUACAUAGGAGGCAUCCUCACCAAGCCCCCCAACCCACUGCCACAGGAUUUUGAGGCGUGGGUGAAUGACACAGCGGAGCAUGGCUUUGUAGUAGUGUCAUUCGGAGCCGGGGUCAAGUACCUUUCCCAUGACAUUGCUCACAAACUGGCAGGAGCCCUCGCCAGGCUGCCCCAGCGCGUCGUCUGGAGAUUCUCUGGAGUUCCACCCAGUAACCUUGGCAACAACACCAAGCUUGUUGAUUGGAUGCCUCAGAAUGACUUAUUAGGCCAUGCCAACACCAGGGCCUUCCUGAGCCACGGUGGCCUGAACAGCAUCUACGAGGCCAUGUAUCACGGGGUGCCGGUGGUAGGUGUGCCCCUGUUUGGAGACCACUAUGACACCAUGACUCGUGUGGCAGCCAAAGGUAUGGGUAUCAUGCUACACUGGAAGUACAUGACCGAGGAAGACCUCUACACAGCCCUGACCAGCGUCAUCAAAGACACCAGGUACCGCAAGCAAGCACUUACUCUCUCCAACAUUCACAAAGACCAGCCUGGCCAUCCUGUGACCAGGGCUGUCUACUGGAUCAGCUACAUUCUACGUCACAACGGUGCCAGCCACCUGCGCUCUGCCGUAUACGAGGUGUCCCCCUACCAGUACUUCCUGCUGGAUGUGGUUUUUACUGUAGGGGCUGCCUUGUUUCUGAUCGUCUUCGCCCUACGACGGCUGGUACGAUUGCUGAGGGGGAAGGCCGGGGACCAGAGCAGAGGAGGCGGCGUCACCAGGGAUGAUGGUAACAUGGCCAACGGACACUGCCACAGCGAGAGCAUGGCCAAUGGGAAACACAAACGCAACGGCUCCUCGAAAAACGAGAAGAAGAUUAAUUAAUGUUUUGAAUGGCGAAGACGGACGAGGAAGAAGUUGCCCCAAGGACUCAGCUCUAGGUUUGGUUUAGAUGUUUAAUAAAAGCUUUGAGAGAAAGCUGUUCUUAGGUCUGUGUCGAGAGGCAACUGCUACUCUGAGUGAGCAAGAGGCUGUAGGAGGAUACACCAUGCAUCGUGUGUGGACAGAGCAAGGCAUCGGGUGCUCAAAAUCUGUGUGUUUGUGUGUGUGUGUGUGUGUGUGUGUGUUUGUGGGUGUAUGUGUAUGUGUGCACUGAGGCGAAAUUUAAUGAAAACUCUAACAAAAGCAGCUACUGCAAUAGCAAACACCAAAUUGAAAAGUCGUGGAGGAUGAAACGCCGGAAAGACACAUUUGGAAGACAUUGUUUUCUUCAUGUGCGUCAUCUCUCCUGUAUGUUCUCUGCUGUCUUCCUGCCCUCCUUACCAGCUGAAGGAUGAUGAAGAGGGGAAA